AUGGCCGCUCCAACGGACACAGCUGCCGCCGAGACGGCGGCGACCUCCGGGGUCACACCGGAGUCGCUGAGCGAGAAGCUCAAGUCGAGCAUCGGCGCGACGUACGUGUCGAUCGAGGACAUGUCCGGCGGCUGCGGGCAGGCCUUCAACGCCAUCGUCGUGUCGCCCGAGUUUGAGAAGAAGACGCUCCUGGCGCGCCACAGACUGGUGAACAACGCGCUCAAGGCCGAGAUUGCCGCCAUCCACGCCUGGACGCCCAAGUGUCUCACGCCGGAACAGUGGGAGAAGGAGAAGGAGAAGAUCGGGGCGCAAUGA